AUGAAUCGAGUAUUAACUGUUCUACUUCUAAAUUUUGUUCUGGGAAAUGAUGCAUUUAAUUUUCUUGUUAUUUCUCCGGUGUACGGUUUUAGUCACAUGAAAUUUAUGGCCAAUUUGGCUAAUCAACUGGCUGAGAAUGGUCAUCAAGUGACCUACUUCCAACCAUUUGUAAUAGAAGCAUAUAAAGAACACAAGCUUCUGAAGCACAAGACAAUAGAAAUUCUAAACUACUGGCACGAUGAAGAAGGUCGAAGACAUAUGCCUCCAGCCAACGAUUUACAUGACGCUUGGUAUUCUGGGAAAUAUCAAUCAGCGAUUAAAGCUGUUACAGAAAUGCCGGAGUUUCUUUUUUUGGCAUGGGAGCAUAUGUGUAGAAAAAUCUUCGAAGACAAUGAGCUGCUCGUUAAUCUUAAGGAAAGGAAUUUUGAUGUGGUCAUUGCUGAAACUUUCGACUUCUGUGGAUUAUAUCUUGCCGAUUACAUAGAAUCCAAAUCCAUUAUUUCGGUUUUCACCGGAAGCCGAUUGUUGGCUAUCACUACACCGCUUGGUGAGCCUUCAUGGCUUCAUUAUCUUCCAGCUCCAAGUUCUGGAAGUUUCGGUCCAGGUUCUUCGAUCCUUGAUAGAUUGAAUGAUUUGUAUCACAAGUACGUUUUCGGAAAUGGGUACUCUGUAGUUUUUGAUUGGCAGUACUAUCAAGUCGCAAGAUUGACAGGAGGAAAAGUGAGACACUGGAAGAAAAUCCUCCAUGACGUUACUUUCCAUUUUUCGAAUUCAAAUCCCUACUUGGACUUUUCUGUGCCAACUAUCCCCAAAGUUAUUCCAAUCGGCGGAUUUGAUAUGGAUGAAACAGUGAAUACAACUCUUCCGAAAGAAUUUGAAAAUACUCUGAACAAACGACCAGUUACAGUCUUUAUAUCCUUUGGGUCCAUGGUCAAGUCAAGGUUCAUGCCUAACCAUUAUAAAGAAGCUAUGGCUCGAAUGUUUGCUGAAAAUGUUAAAAAUAUCACUUUCCUUUGGAAGUAUGAAGCUUUAGAGGAUCAGUUCCUAAUCGAUCUCCUUCCUGAAAACGUGAUUUUGAAAGAUUGGUUCCCACAGAGAGCAUUACUUGCUGACAAACGCGUCAAACUGUUUAUCACUCAUGGUGGACUGGGGAGCACAAUGGAGCUCGCAUAUGCGGCUAAACCAGGAAUAGUGACUCCUCUAUUCGCUGAUCAGCCCAGUAAUGCUCAAAUGCUGGCGAGACAUGGAUCCGUGGAGGUCUACUCAAAACAUGACAUUCCAAACUGGGAAAAACAGAGCGAUUUGUUGAGAAAAAUGUUGUUAGAUGAUAAAUAUCAAACUGCUGCAACUCGUCUAGCUGAAAUUUUGAAUCACCAACCAAUAAACCCAAAAGAAUUGGUUGUGAAACAUGCUGAAAAUGCAGCUCGAUUCGGAAAAAUGCCAUCUUUGACUCCAUUUGCAAAGGAUAUGGGAUUCGUGGAGUUCUAUAACAUA